CUCCCCUGAGAUCGUUCUGCACUUUCCUUGAGAUCGUUCUGCACCUCCCCUGAAAAUAAACGCACCUCCCCUUGAGGUAAAAUGAUUGAUCAAAGUCAAAAGUAGAGAUUUUGUAUUCUUGUAGAUGAAAAGCAAAAAUUACGACAAAAUUGAACAGGUAGGUACAACAAAUGCGUUUUAAAAUUCAUGAAUUAGAAUAAGAUCAUAGACAUAGAGUUGUUCCAGUAAACACGAAGCUCUAGGAAGAUGUUCUGUGACUGGUUGAUUAUGACAAUGACAAAAGACGUAAUUGGCUUACAUAAACAAAUUAAAGGAAUAUUGUUCUUGCUUCGUUCUUUAGAAAAUCCGUUCUAUAGCUUAUUAUUUUGUCAUUGUCAUAAUCAACCAAUCACAGAACAUCUUCCUAGAGCUUCGUGCCGACCCAGUUGUUGUUAAGAAUAAUAAGUUCCCGCCAAAUUAUAUAACGCUAAAUAUGAUUGGUUAAAGAUUAAUGAGAUUCUCUUCUCUGAUGUGUACAUUCGGUCGGACAUGUUUUAGAAAAUCAAUUCAUAUUAUUAAGUCUAUUAAAGUUAUGUUUAUCUUCAAAUAAAUAGUUAUACAAUCGAAAGUGAGCGAAUAUUUCAAUAGGUUAUGUGCCCAGGACGUGUGGAAUUGAAUUAAAACGUGUUUAUUUGUCCUGUUUGGCGGAAAUUUUGGUGAAAAUACUUCGAGUCUAAUAUGGCGGAAAUUACGAAGAUCGAUAAGCUAAAUGGCAAGAAUUAUCAGUCUUGGAAAUACAAUGUCAAGCUAGUUCUUAUGGAACGUGGCCUUUGGGGCUUUACACAAGAAGGCAAAGAAAUACCUCCUGACGAAGAUGCGACAAAUGCUGUAAAGAAUGCUUUCCAGUUGCGAUCAGAUAAAGCCUACUCUCUGAUUGCCUUAAACGUCGAGAAACACUUGCAAAUACACAUUUCGAGUACGACAGAUCCUUUAGCAGCAUGGACGAACUUGAAAAAACAAUUUGAGUUUGUAUCUGUUACCCAAGUCGUGCGUUUGAAUCGUAAAUUCUACGCAGCCACCAUGGAAGAAGGUGGAGAUCUUAUGAAACACCUGACCUAUAUGACAUCAUUGGCAGAACAACUGCGUGAAAUGGAAGAAGAUAUAUCAUCAAAGAAAUUCGCUACUGUGGUGCUAGGGAGUUUACCCGAAUCGUAUGAUAAUCUCCUCACAAGUUUGAAUGCGAGAAAAGCUGAAGAGUUGGAAUGGGACAAUAUAAAGGGAUUGUUAAUAGAAGAGUAUUUGAAGAGAAAGGAAAAAUUUGAGAAUAACAAGAGUGACAAUGCAUUGCUUACAAACAGGAAGUCAUACAUGAGCAGAGGAAGAAAUUAUGAUCGAAGAAGACAUGGUGAACAUUCUAGAAAUUGGACUCCUGUAGACUACAAGCCAUCAUGGAACACCAAUAAAGGUGGGGAUACAUUGACACCAGCAGCACAACAACAACGUGAUGAUGGAAGAGCAAGAAAUAUUUUAUGCUUUAAGUGUAACAAAGCUGGACACAUCGCCAGGAACUGUCCACUCAACUAUAGAAAAGGUGGAAACAAAGGGGAACAUUCGAAGCUUGCGGAAGGUGGUGGAGUAGCACUGAUUUCAAGCACAGGAAAUUCAAAUGAUUGGUAUGUGGAUUCAGCUGCGACAAAGCAUAUGACAAAUCGCAAGGACCUUAUCAUCAACUACACUCAAUACCAAACACCGGUGAAUAUUUAUUUGGGUGACAAUACCUGUAUCAAAGCCCUGGGUGAAGGAAUGGUUAAGCUAUAUACUCAAAAUGACAAUACAUUCUAUUUGGAGUUACACAAAGUAUUGUAUGUGCCGAUGUUAGCAAAAAACCUAUUGUCUGUACCUGCAAUGGCUUCAAUGGGAGCUAAAGUGUCAUUCGAUGACGAAAAAUGUGUUGUUUACAAAGAAGAUAAAGAAUACGUGAUUGGUAAAUUGGUAGAUGGUAUGCUGUAUACUGUUAAUCCAGUUGAAUUUGCCCAUCCUACAACUGAACCCUUGGAUAUGUGGCACCAGAGAUUUGGUCAUCUAAACAAUGGAUAUGUUAAUCAACUGAUGAAGAAUGAUAUGGUCACCGGAAUGAUGUAUGAUGAAAGUAAACAAGUGGAGAAAGAUUGCAAAGGAUGUUCAAUGGGAAAGAUGCAUAAGAAUCCCUUUCCAAAAGCAAGUCUACAUAGGGCAAGCAGACCUUAUGAAAUCAUACACACUGACAUAUGUGGACCAAUGCAAGUUGAGUCGAUUGGCGGUAGCCGUUAUUUGAUCACAUUUACUGAUGACUAUUCCAGAUAUGCUGUUGCUUACUUUAUUAAGAAGAAAGAUGAAGCACUUACUAAGUUCAAGGAGUUUGUGAAUUAUGUUGAAAAUCAAGAUGGAAAUCAUAAUAAAGUGAAGAUUCUGCGCAGCGACAACGGCGGUGAGUACAAAUCGAACAGUUUCUCCAAAUUCUGUACAGAGAAGGGCAUUGUCCAACAAUUCACUUGUCCUUACACCCCUGAACAAAACGGUGUGGCAGAAAGAUUAAACCGUACGAUUUUAGAAUCUGCAAGAUCCAUGAUAUAUCAUGCAAAUUUGCCCCUAGUCUUCUGGGCUGAAGCGUGCAAUACAGCCGUGUACCUACAUAACCGAAGUCCUACAGUUGCAUUAAAGGACAAAACCCCUCAUGAAUGCAUUUUCGGUGAAAAGCCAGAUGUUUCUAAUCUUAAAGUCUUUGGAUGUAUGUGCUAUGUUCAUAUCCCGGACAGUAAUCGUAGAAAAUUAGACCAAAAGUCUUAUGAAGCUAUAUUUGUUGGCUAUCCUACUGGCACAAAAGGAUACAAAGUUUAUGAUGUUAAAAGAAGAAAGUUCAUGAUAAGUCGAGAUGUUCAAUUCUUAGAGAAGAAAUUUCAUAAUUUUGAGAACCCAAAGAAUGACUUUGUGUUCGAGCAGCAAGAGAGAAUUGAAGUUCCGGAUGAUGAAAAACAAACUGUUGAGUUAUUUGAUCUAGAUAGAGUUGAUGAACUUGAUGAUCAAACCUUCAACGAAGAUCAGGAUGAGUUCAGAGUGGAUCCUGUUGUUGAAACAAACAUUAACUUGAAUGAAACCAUGGAGCAGCCCGUUAAUCCCGAGAACGACGAACCAGUGGGAGAAAGUGAAACCCCAUCUACUUCGAAAACAUACGAAGAGCGGUUUAUGGAAAACGUGAAAAAUUUAGGUCCUGUAAGACAGCGUAUGAUUCCGAGUAAGUUCAGAGACAAUGCAUGUCCAGUAGUUGAGUCUUUAACAUCUGAAGUUGAUGAUCCAGAAAGUGUCCAAAGAGCGCUGAAUGGGAAGUAUGCGAAGGAAUGGAAAGACGCGAUGAUCUCAGAAUAUUCUUCAUUACUAGAAAACGAUACAUGGGAAUUGGUUCCUCCCUGUGAUGAUCAAAACGUAGUCGGAUCGCGGUGGGUGCUAAAGGUAAAGCGGAAAGAAGACGGAUCAAUUGAUCGUUUCAAAGCGAGAGUUGUAGCUCAAGGAUACUCCCAAACAAAAGGAGCUGAUUAUGACGAAGUAUUUUCCCCCGUGGCCAGACAUACAUCUUUACGUACAUUACUGGCAUUAGCCAACGAAUAUGAUCUCGAAGUCCACCAAAUGGAUGUUCGAACUGCUUUUUUAAAUGGCGACAUUGAUUGCGACAUUUAUAUGCAACAACCGGAAGGUUUUGUUAAUCCAGACAAACCAGAUUAUCUUUGUAAGCUGCAGAAAAGUAUCUACGGUCUCAAACAGUCUGCACGCUGUUGGAAUGACACGCUCGAUGGAUACUUAAAGUCGAGAGGAUACAGAAAAAGUGGUGCAGAUGGUUGCAUUUAUGUUAAAUCGGUUAAAAAGGACGGUGGUCGAAUAAGUUUUGUGAUACUCGGAGUUUACGUGGACGAUAUAAUUCCAGUUUCCAACGAUAUCCAAAUGCUGAAUUCAGAGAAGAAAGCGCUCAGCGAAAGAUUUAAGAUGGAUGACAGAGGUGAAGUUCAUUACCUAUUGGGAAUGCUGAUUAAACGAGAUCGAGAAGCCAGAGUUACUACAAUCAGUCAGCGUAAUUACGUGGAACGAGUCCUAAGCAAAUUCGGAAUGGAAUCAUGUAAACCGGUUUCAACACCACUGGAACCUGGGACAAAGUUUUCAGAGUUGUCAAAUGAGGAUGAAAAAUUUGACACACAAACAUACCAGCAAGCGAUUGGAUGCCUAACCUAUCUUUCAGUGAUUUCAAGACCAGAUAUCUCAGCUGCAGUGGGAGCACUUUCACAAUUUAUGGCAAAACCUAGCAAAGAUCAUUGGAUCGGGGUGAAACGUGUAUUACGAUAUCUUAAAGGAACUUUAGAUUAUGGCCUGAAAUACUCAGCAGAUAAAAACCCUACACUAGUCGGUUAUUCAGACUCUGACUGGGCAGGAGAUAUUAAUACUCGUCGAUCAACAUCAGGUUAUGUAUUUCAAGUUGCUAAUAGCACAGUUAGUUGGUCGAGCAAAAGGCAGAGGACAGUCGCGAAGAGUUCAACAGAAGCAGAAUAUAUUGCGUUAAGUUUAGCCACGCAAGAAGCGAUAUGGUUACAAAGACUGUUAUAUGAUGUUGGAUUUAAAAUCAGAAAACUGAUAACAAUCUUCGAAGACAACCAAGGAACAAUAGAAUUGGCGAAGAAUGCCAAAUAUCAUAAUAGAACGAAACAUAUUGACAUUUGCCAUCAUUUCGUUCGAGAACGCGUUCAGUCGAAGGAGAUCAAUGUAGUAUAUUGUCGAACAGAUGAUAUGAAAGCAGACAUACUAACAAAAGGAUUAGCAAGAUCAAGUUAUGAAAAGUUAAGGGACUUGAUUGGGAUUACAUCUGUUUAAACAUUGUAAUUUAAUUGUUGAAGUUAAAUUUAUAAGUGAAUGCACAUUUUAUCGUGAACUCAUUAAGUGGGAGUGUUAAGAAUAAUAAGUUCCCGCCAAAUUCUAUAACGCUAAAUAUGAUUGGUUAAAGAUUAAUGAGAUUCUCUUCUCUGAUGUGUACAUUCGGUCGGACAUGUUUUAGAAAAUCAAUUCAUAUUAUUAAGUCUAUUAAAGUUAUGUUUAUCUUCAAAUAAAUAGUUAUACAAUCGAAAGUGAGCGAAUAUUUCAAUAGUUGUUUCCCAUCGGUUCAUUUUCUUAAUCGAUUAAUGGUUAUCAACAAUCGAUUAAUAUCUAUGAAUUAUAUUGUAUUUUUGUCGUGCGAAUACUACCUCUUUUCGAAUGGUCUGUCUUGAAUUGAUAAGCAAUGAGAGCGCAAUCACUAGCAGAUAAAUCCAAACAGAUUUCGUUUGCAAUUUGGUGUUUCCACAAACGAAAACUUAUAUACUAUCGCCAUGCAAAACUACAAAGAACUUAAACACUUCUUUAUUUACGAAUAUUAAUAGUUUUAGACAAAUAUGAUAGCAAUAUAUUACAAUAAUAAAUUUAUUAAAGAAUGACGUUUCGAACUCAUCUUGACCUCAUUUUCAAGUUCAAAUUAUUACAGAAAACGAUUACUGUCGAUGCAAAGGAAGUGUUGAUAAAAUAUUGCACCAAUUCCUUUCCUCAAGUUGAUCAAAAAAUUGAUCAACUUCCUGGUACUUUUAGAUAAGCGAAUUAGAUUUCGUUUCAGAACCGAUUGACCAAUAGGAAACGCACAGGAAGUAAAAAGAAAUUUGAAUUCUUAUGAAUUGAUCAACUUGAGGAAAUGAAUUCAUGCAAUAUUUUAUCAACACUUCCAUUGCAUCGACAGUAAAUUAAAAUGAGGUCAAGAUGACUUUGAAACGUCGUUCUUUAAAGUGCCUAUGACACGAAAUUUCGCCCCAAAUGUUUAUGACUGCGUUGUAAAGAUCAUUUAAAAUGACUUAAUAAUUUCUUUUAUAGAAUUUUGGUAACUUGCUCCCUUUGGCUUUGUAAGAUAUUCAACUUUGUUUCAUAUGCAAAUAUCACCGGUGUUACAUCACAUUGCAUAAUGACAUUUUGAAAACGCAAUAUUUUACCUUGAUAAAAUAUUUUUACAAACAAAUACAGAGGGUUAAUUACCAGUUAUGAAGUUAAUACAUAUAUACAAGGGCAAUUUUUAAGUUUAGUAGAUACGUAUUCGUCAAGAAAACUAUACUGUUCUGAAAACUCAUUAUGCGAUGUGAUGUCACACCGGUGAUAUUUGCAUAUGAAACAAAGUUGAAUAUCUUGAAAAGGGAGCAAGUUACCAAAAUUCUACAAAAUAAAUUAUUAAGUCAUUUUAAGUGAUCUUUAUAAUGCAACCAUAAACCUUUGGGGUGAAAUUUCGUGUCAUAGGCACUUUAAUAAAUUUGUUAUCGCUAUCAUUUUUGUCUAAGUCUAUAUAUCAAAAAGUUUAUUUAAUAGUUUUAUCUACAAAUUGACGUGUACUGCAUGCAUGAUUAUCAAUGAGGCGACCUACUGAAUUCUUUCAAGAUCAUUGCAAAAGAUGCAUCAAACUUUUUUAUUUAUUGCUAGAAAUUUGGCGUAAAAAGAAGCCUAAAGGUUCAAGAACAAUAUUACCUGAUUCAAGCAUGAUAUUAAAUAAGUUAUUAAAGUUCUACAAAAGAAAAGCCCGCGAAAAUUCUCGACUGAGCCUUACUCGCGUGGUAAAAUACAGGGUGAUAAGUUUCAUUUUUCACCCAUGAAGCACACAUGCAAACUCUAGCUUGCUGCUUAUACCGACUCUCAAUCUCGUCUAACUCGCGGAAACUUUAACCAUUCCAAACAUUAACAGGUUUAUAUUAAGUAGAAUUUCUCUUUGCGCACUUGUCUAGUUGUUUCAAAGAUGUCUGAUGAAAGUUUUGAAUGUUGAUUUAUGGAAGUCCUAUCUACAUUACGUGAAAGAAACGAAGGGUUCUUUGCCUUCAUUUAGGUACAAGUUUAUAGUAGAUUCAUUGUGUGUAAAUUUAAAGGGUUAGUGUCACACCAUAGUAUCGCGGGCUUUUGUUAUUAUCUUACUUGAAAUGAACAAAUAACGAUAAGAAUUCCUUGUUUGGAACAUUUCCAAUAAGAAUUAGAUACAAAAAGCAAGCCGAUUCUCAAAGGAUAGUUUAAAUUUACGACGGAUUAUAAAAUCUGUUGAUCUGCUCGGCCAAAGAUCUACUCUGUUGAUCAGAUCUGUUGAUCUACUCGGCCGAUAAAAAAAUGGCCUUCGGCAGGAAUUUGAGCCCGCAAUACCAUGGUGUCGCAAUAAUCCUUUAAAGGCCUACUGUCUCUGGGAUGAUAAAUCGCCUUAACUCUUGCCGAAGAUAAACUGAGUUUAGGUGAUUUUAAGCGAUUUAAUUAAACAAAAUGUGCAACUACAGUAUAAGUUUAUAGUGCGAUUUUAACGUUUUGAUUCAUGCUUCUUAAGUGCCUACCAAAUUGACCACCAAGGCAUCUGCUAUCAACAGUGACCGCGGAGUGUGCCCCGGUGAAGUGGAGGGUGGGCGCACGCAAGUGAACAGAGCCUACCAUGGUAGGUAGAGCCAAACCCAUCAAUGUCAAACAGAUCGUGACUGUGCUCUGGCAAAAUAUGGCUCUGCCGCGCAAACAAUGUUUUGAAUUCGUAUACUUAGUUGUGUCUAUAUAGGUCUGUUGUUUUUACCAUAGGGACAAAAUGACACAAGCCUUUGAAUUUGCCCUCGAUAAAGUUGGAUUGGAUUUUAAGUCAUAUCAGGUAUUCUGUUUCAGCAAUUUUUUAGCAUGUUGUUACUCCCUAAAAUCAACACUGUUUGUGGUAACUUAAUGUUCCUGGUUAAUUUAACCAUAGUCCUAUUUAAUUUUAUUACUAUGGUGGAUACUUUAACCAGGAUAUAUGGUUGAAUUAACCAGAUUAUGUUAGGUGGAUUAUUAACCUGGAAUUCUUGGUUGGUAGUCCAUCUAACAUAAUCUGGUUGAUUCAACCAUAUAGCCUGGUGAAAUUAACCAGGAAUUGGCAUGGUUAAAUUGGCCAGAAUUAUCAAUUAACCAGGGACAUUAAAUUCACCCAAAUUUUUUAGAUUAACCAGGAAAUGUUUAACCAGAGUGUGUUUAACAUAUUAUUUUUCGUACAUACUAAGACGUGCCACCGCCAAAGGGCGAAAAAGAACGGAAACUAUAAUAACAGUUACAUUAUCAUUCUCGUACCCAGAGCCCUUCUUACGCGCGGUCAACGGAGCACGACGAGGGGCUCUGGCCAAAUCCAUAUCAAACUGGCUUCUGAUUGGCCACAACGAAAUAUAUCGUUUAUUGUAUAAAAUAUGAAUAAAAAUCAAGCGCUCCAUGAAGCGUUGGUUUCGUUUUGGAUAAAAUUGGGAGAAAAGACAUUAUUAAAGUUGAAAGAACAGCAGUACGAAGCAGUUAGGAAGAUUGUUGUUGAUAAUCGCCCACAAAAGCGGUAGAUGUCGCUAAUUUUAUUUAUUUAAAUCAAUUAGUUGAUUGAAAUUAAUAGGUUGAGACGUGAUGUUCUCAUAGCAAAAAGUCAGCAUAUUUUAUGGCAGAUGCUCGUCGUAUUUCCAAAUCAGUGAUGUUAAUCAAACAAAUCUGUGUUACAUGUUCAAAGCUGACGUGCCAUCUGAAGAGAAAAUAUUAAAGCCAGCCAGAAUAUGAAGUUAAUUGUGAUGACUAUUUUCUUCCUAGAAACCGAUUUUUUACAAUUUUCAAAUGAUUUGCAGUAUAGUAUGUCUUAUGUAUGACUGUUGACUUUUAAUAAAACACAAAAAAGUCUAAAAAUCUGUACAACAGCGACUUAAAAUCGAAUAUAAAAUAGUGAGACAAUCUCUCGUGAGUCUCGUCUUCGUAUCCGUAGCCAUUACUGCUUUGGCAACGUUUAAGAGGGAAAUAUAUACUAAAUUUUUAUCAACAUGCAUUGAGAACAUCACGUCUUACCUACUAAUUGAUUUAAAUAAAUAAAAUUAGCGAAACCUACCGCUUUUGUGGGGUUUUCCUGGAGAAAAACUUUCAAAACGAAACAAACAAGAAAACCGAAGUGUUUAUCCGCGUUUGACGUUGAGCAUGCGCAGUGUUUAACCGGAUACCAUGUUUUUAUGGUAUCCGGUUAUGGAUUUGGCCAGAGCCCCUCGUCGUGCUCGGUCGAACGCGCGUAAGAAGGGCCCUGGGUACGAGAAUGUUACAUUAUCAAAUGGGAAUUCAGUUUCUCCCUUAUAUUGCUAUCCUUCCAUUUCGAAGGAGAGAGAUGGAGGAGUCAUGUCUGUAUGUCUUCCUAAAUGUUGCAGCUCUUUGUAAACAAAUUUUGGUUCGGGAAUUAUUCGAAAUAGCUUAUUGAGUAUUGAAAAAGAUUACUGUAUCACGAAUAUUGGGUCAAAAUGUAUACCCAUCAGAGCAAUGUAGACUAUUCUAUAAUGAUUUUGCGCUUGUAGAAAAGUUGUUUGUUUUCUAAUUUCUGUCGUAUUUUUUCAAACAGAUAUGGUCGGACUAUAUCACAUUUUUGAAGGCAGGGUAAGUUUCCUAUUGUUCUGUUAGAGCAUUAGCACGAAUCGUUGCUCGAGUUAUUUCUAGGUCACUUUAGAAACUAAUCACUGGACACGUGUGUCUUUCUUGUACAAGAGUGGGGGGGGGGGUUACAAUUUAGUCUACUAGAAGGUAGACAGUUUACACUGUCCCUGGAAUUUCGUAGUCUGUAUGUUUCAAUCGAUUGUUGCGCACUUGAAUGUGUUUGAAAAUCUCUAAAUAGGAAUUUGAAAAUCAUGAAUCGUGCCGGCCAAAAUCUUUGCCCCUCCUCCGGCGCCUCCGCCCGUUUCAUGAACAGCUGUUCAAAGUUCUUAAAAAGCAAUCAUGUUAAAAAUGAACGUUCGUUGAGAGUGUAAGUUUUGUUAGGUAAACUUUAAUCAAUUGUUCCCAAACCAAGCAGGUGAAUGAGCAAGCAUCCCAAUUCGUCCAACUUACAAAAUUUUGCGCAUUUCAUUGGGGAAAUAUAACAACAAAGAAAACAAUUACAAGUAGAAUUUUAUUAUCAAUAGUUUAAAAUUCUUUACAGUAAGGUUUAACCAUGGAUCAUAAAAACAUUAUAGAUAGGAAAGUUGGGGUCAUGCAUGACGUUUUCGUAGUGCUGAUAGCGUCUCGACAUUGUCGAAAAUUAUGACAUUUGUAAAUCCAAAAUAUUUCCACGUUUAGCAAUAAUACAGCUGAGCAUUUUAGUAAAAAAACGCAAGAAGACAACCAUAUACUACUCUACGAUGAAUGCGAAAAAUAGAGGAAAAUGGGAAAAAAACGCAGUAAAACUUUACGAAUUUCAAAUAGGACAUGCAUGUCUGCUGGCGUCAACUGUUUCCUAUCCAUUUUUUUAACUCUAUAUGGUUUAACAUGAACAUGUGGACGUUCGCUUUGUAAAAGAAUUGUCAAAGAAGAAAAAGGAGGUUGUGUUUGUUUGGAACAACACUCUCCUCCUAAAAUUUCGCACAAAUAUUUAGCUACAUAAAGUGUUAAGACAAUCUUCUCAUUUCUGCUAUCUGCUGCUAUACUAACAAUACAAGAGAGCCUGGCCAUGGCUAUAAAUUCCUUUUUGGAUGAGCUGAUAGUUUUUGACGCGGCCUAUUUCGUGAGCCUCAUAAUAUGCUUACUUAAGACCUAAAAAUUCGGUCUUUCAAUGUCUUUAGCAGUUUUAUUGCUUCUGUGCGUAAAAGUUUAUUCUUCCAGAAAAAAAUCAAACUGUUGAAUGUUGAAUUCAUGAUGUAUAAAGUAUACCCCCAAACAAAAGAUAACUUUACGUUGUUUGACAUCGAGUUCUCGGUAAAUUUAAAUGCGAAGUAAAAGCUGUUUGAAAUGGUUAACAACACAAUGUAGGCAACUGUAAAUAGACAAGUAGAAAUGCUUUUCAAAUUAACUUUUCUUGUUUCCUCGGGUAAGACUAUGUUGCUCCGACGUAUUUUUCUAGAAAUCCUGAACAAUUUGUAGUUUAUGUACACGAGCGGUGGAUAAACAAUGGCUAUGAAAACGAUUAAAGCCACUUGAACAGAAAUAACCAACUCAUUUGUAGAAAUUAUUAUCAAUAAAGUUGGUAAAAUUAAUAAUAUCGCGAGGAUUGUUAAUAAUCUGCGACUGGUUACUGAUGUGCGAUGAAAGAUAGGGUAGUACGCUCCCAGAUAUCGUUCAAUAUUCAUUAUCAGAAGUGCGACCAAAGAAAAGCCAGCAAACGUAAUACCAAAAUGCAAAUACAUUUUCAUCUUUGCCACGAGAACAUGUUUUUCAUUUAUCCAGAAGACCAGGUGAAGCGCCAACAAUGGAUGGUUCGUUAUCACAGAAGCUAAAUCGAAACAAGACAACACCAUUAUCAUAAAAUUGCACAAUUUCUUUCGAAGCUGUGAGGACUUCAAAAGGCUUACUAUCACCAAUGUGUUUAAAAUUAUUCCAGAAAAAGUAAAGAACACGUUCACAGCGCACAAAAGUAUCAACUGAAUGUACACUUUUAAAUCCAUCUUCGGGUAUAAUGAUAUUGUUUGGACUUGAAUGUAUUAUAUCGAAAGUGUAUGACUAUAACAUGAGCCGUUAGAAAGCUCAAGGAGCAUUGCAGUUCUGUUCGGAAUUAAAUACUUUUUGAGUGCAUGAGUGUUUGACAGUUGUUAGGUAAACAAUGUUUAAUUAAACGUCGAAGUUUGUUCCAUUUUUAGGUAGUUUCGCACUAUCCUUGGGAUUUUAGCCCCUGCAUGCCUCAAUCGACUGUUGCACACUUGAAUGUAUGAACACCUCUGUGGACAAACUAGGAAAACUUGUUGCGAAACUGAAAUUUGAAAUCCAUGAAUCGUGAUGUUGAAAAUAUUUCCAUAUAUUUUCCCCAUCCCCAGUUUCAUGAACAGCUGUUCGAAAGUGCAUAAAGCAAUCAUGUUAAAGUGAACGUUUGUUGAGUCUGAGUGCAUGAAUUGUGUAAAGUAAACUUGAUAUAAACCAAGUGCAGGUGGAUGAGUGUAAACAUCCCAAUUCGUGCAACUUACAAAAUUUCGUGCAUUUCAUUUCAUUGGAGAAAUUUAACGACAAAGAAAACAAUUACAAGAAGAAUUUUAAAGAAUUAAAUUUAAAUUUAAAUUGAAUUUUAAAGAAUUUUUAAGAAGAAAUUUUUUUUUAUUAUCAUUAGUUUAAAAGUAUUUACAGUAAGGUUUAAUCAUAAAAACACUAUGAAAGGUUGUUCAAUUGAGGCCAAUGAGCUACUGUUUGAAACGGCUAGUAUAUAAAACGUAUUUGAAAUUACAACAUUUAAUAAGAAUCUUAAAAUUGUUGUAAUUUCAAAUACGUUUUUUAUGUUGUAAUUUCAAAUACGUUUUAUAUACUAGCCGUUUCAAACAGUAGCUCAUUGGCCUCAAUUGAACAACCUUUCAUCAAACACAAUGCUACUGAAGGACAACCACCUACGUUUAAUAAAAACACUAGAUAGGAACCUCGUGAGUACACACGAUGUUUUCAGCGUGCUGAUGGCGUCUCAACAUUGUUGAAAAUGAUGGACAUCUCUAAAUCCAAAAUAAUUCCACGCUUAAUGAUGCGAAGGAGAUCCUGCACCUUAGCCAUCCUAUCACGACCUAUAUGCGUUGUAUUCCCGGGACAUAAUGAAUUUCAAGUAAUGUCACGAGCAGGGAUGGAUGUAAAUCGGGGGGGGGGGAGGGUGUGCACCCCCCUAGCCCUGGCCAGAGGGGGUGCAGGGGGGGUGGUGCUAUUUUUCAUGAUAAAGCAAAAAAUUAUUAGAGACAAAAUGAGAUACAGUAAUUUGAGUAAUAACAUGACGAUAAGCGAACUGUGAACAACAAUUACAAUUCAAAUACAGUAGUCAAGCAAGACUUUGCAGUAGUGAAGCAAGUUGAUGGGCGGGCGGCACACAUGACCGACACAACUCGACACCACAGCUAGCAGAGCACCCCUCACCCCUACCAGAUCAUGCUGGAUCCAUCCCUGGUCACGAGCCAGCGUAAGCAAGCGACGUUUUUGUCAACACCGACGUCACUCGAAUUUCGGUGGCAUUUUGCAUCAUAGCGCUCUUGCAAGGAAGCAAAAAACUUUAAAAAUCUUAUGUUUUGUCAGAUGUGUUGAAGAUUACCACAAACUGAUACAAACACAGUUUUUAAUCCAGUCGCCAAUAAUAUUAAUACUAUCAGUCUAAAAAACGAUCUCACUACUACUGAGACAAACGUAAACGAACCAACUUUAUCAGUUGACAUAAUGAAGUCAACUGCUAGUGACACCAACCUGAAAUUAUCGAAAUUUAUUUUUUCGUGUUUUGAGGAAAGACUUAAACAACUUGAAGCCGGGAAUGCUGGUAGUCAUUAGUUAAACUUUCCAUCCUGUAAAUAGUAUUUUCUUAUAGUCUACUUCUUAAAUAUUUUUUAUAUGUUACAUUGUUACGUUAUAGUUAAGCUUUAGCAAUACUUGUAAAAUAUGGUCAUGCUGAUAAAGCGAUUAUCAAUAUAUACCAUUAAUAAUUUAUUUCUCCAAAAUGGCUUUUCAGAAAUAAUUACAAUCGUAAAAUUACAAUCGUUAAUUAUACGUAUUUACAUAAGUUUAUUAGAAGACUUAUAUAUACUAAUAUAUUAAAAUAUACAUUUGGUUAUGGGUAUAAUAAACCAAUUAUUGCUAAAAUUAUUAGUAUAUAACAAAAUUAUUAAUUAAAUAAGUUUCCAUUAUUAUUAUCAUAUAUAUCUAGGAUACCCACAUCACCGAAGUGUUUUUCAGUGGGGUCCUGCAACUCAAAUUACAUUCAAUAUUUAGCCAUGCACUAUUUACAGCAACACAUAUAUACAAUAUAAUCAUUUAAGAAUAUUUAAUAAAACCUGAUUUCCAAUCGAAACACAUGCAGCGCACUUCUUUAUUUCAAAGACAUUAAUUCUAUCUGAGUGCUCGCGAAACAAAUACAUAGGCUACACUUCGCCGAGAUACGUUUCAAGUGGAAAACAGAGAAAGAUUGAGAGAGAAAGAUAAGUAAGUGAAGAAGUGAUAUAGUGGAGGACGAAAGAGAAAGAGAGGUUUACACCUCGUAUACACACCGUCUUUUUAAUAGUUUUUUUAAAGGUAUAUAAUGAAGUAGCGUUUUUUAGUUCAUGUUCUACAUUGUUAAAGUUUAUAGACCCUUUAUACGUUGGUCGUUGUUUUCCCUUGUUCGUCUUUGCUCGCGGUAGAUGUCAUGGUUCUUUGCCAGUUCAAAAUCAAAGUCAAUUAAGCCAUUCAUACAAUUGUAGAUAAAUGUGCAUCUGUGGUUAUGUCUUCUCGUUGUCAGCGUUGUCCAUUUGAGUUCUUCUAAAGCUUCGGUUGAAGAAUAUCGCGGGUGUUGGUCUAGAAUGAUAUUCGCUGCCUUGUUCUCAAGCACUAAGGACUUGUUCUUGUCACCCCGUAUAAACUGAAUAAUUUUUGACGCGGCCUAUUUCGUGAGUUUGAUAAUACGCUUUCUUAAGACCCAAAAAUACGGUCUUUCAAUGUCUUUAGCAGCUUCAUUGCUUCUGUGCGUAAAACCUUAUUCCUCCAGAAAAAAAUCAAGCUGUUGAAUGUUGAAUUCGCGACGUACACAGUAUACGCCCAAACCAAAGAUAUCUUUACGUUGUUUGACGUCGAUUUUUCGGUAAAGCUAAAUGCAAGGAAGAAACUGGUCGGAAUGGUUAACAACACAAGACUGGCAACUCCGAAUAAACAUGUAAAAAUACUUUUCAAAUCAACUUUUCUCGUUACCUCUGGUAAUAUUACGCUUUUCCGACGUAUUUUCCUUGAAAUCUUAAACAAUUUGUAGUUGAUAAAUAUUAGCGGAGGAUAAAGAAUGACCGCGAAAAUUAUUAAAGCCACUGCAUGGGAAAUAACCAAGUCAUUUGCAGAUAGUAUUAUCAGUGAAGUUGGUAGCAUGAACGAUAUCGCGAGGGGUGUUAACAAUUUGCGUCUGGUUACUGAUGUGCGAUGAAAGACAGGAUGACACACUCCCAGAUAUCGUUCAAUAUUCAUCAUCAGAAGUGUGAACAUAGAAAAGCCAAGAAAGGUUAUGCUAAAAUGCACACAAAUUUCCAUCUUCGCUACGAGGUCAUGCUUUUCUUUUAUCCAGAAGACCAGUUGAAGCGCCAACAAUGGAUGGCUCGUUAUCACCGAAACUAAAUGGAAACAAGACAACACCAUUAUCAUGAAAUUGCACAAUUUCUUUCGAAGCUGUGAGGACUUCAGGAGACAAGCUAUCACCAAUGUGUUUAAAAUUAUUCCAGAAAAAGUAAAGACUACAUUCACAACGCACAAAAUUAUCAAUUGGGUGUACAUUUUUAGAUCCAUCUUCUGGUAUAAUGAUUUUGUUUCGACUUGAAUAUAAUUAUUUCAAAGGUGGAGCGUUAUACAUCAGCUGUUCAAUAGUUCAUAAUAGAGCACUGCAGUCGUAUUCACAAGUGAAUACUUGUUGAGUGCACAUUUUCGAGAGUUGUUAUGCAAACAUUAAGUGACAUGCAUGACAAUGAGGCAGCAUGCAGUUUGUACAGUUUCGUACAUUUGAUUGUGAACGAAAAACGAGGCUAAGAAAAAAUAGAACAAACGUUUCGAUAUCAGCAGUUUAAAAUUCUUGUGUAGGUGGUGUGCAACACUGGAAAAAAUUUUGAAAAUCCAUAGAAGGUCAUAGAAUGGAAAUUAUAUGAACUUUUAUUGGAAAUAGAAUGGAUUUUGGUUAUCCAUAAUAAUUGUAUAUUUCCAUAGUAUGGAUAUAGUAUGGAAGUAGUAUGGAUAUACUAUGGAUUUUGUGGUGCAAUUGCAUAUUUCGUAGUAUAUGAAUUUCACUUUUCUUUUCCAGUGCAAGUUAGUCACCGUCGCCAUGUUGGAUGACAUUAGAGAGCUUAAGCCUCGCGUUAUACGUUAUACGUCAAACGGCAAACGCCAGGCAAAGAAAAAUUUUACGGUAUCAGGCAAUAAAGAGUAAAUGAACUUGCUGUUUUAAAACUGCAAUGCAUAAUUAUUCUUUCGACACAAGAAAGAAAACAUGAAACGAAAACGUUCAACGAAAAUUUUGCAAGAAAGUUCGAACCUGCCGUUUGCCGUUCCCAGAAACGUGAAGCUUAAACUCCCUAAUGACAUAUAGGAUUUUGCUUGUUUGCAAUGCAAAUAUCAUCCAACAUGGCGAAAAUCUCUUUGUCCUUUGAAUCAUCACAUCUUUACAUCACCUAUACUGGAAAAUAAAAUCCACCACAAUAUGCAUGGCUGAACAUAGAAACAUGAUAUCAUGGAUAGAUAUUACAUAGGACAACGUGGUUAUAUUAAAAUUUUAAAAGAAGCGGAUUAAUAAUGUUAGUAAGUGCAUGAACAGCUGUAUAGAUCGACUUCAAGUUUUUGACAGUUGUAAAGUAAAUAUGUUUGUAGUUCCAAGUUGCAAGCAAGUUGCAUAUCAUUUUAUAAAGCUCUGUUUACAUGAGUCACCAUGACAAUUAUAUAUAUUAAUACUUACAGCUCACAGGCAUACUGGGAUAUGCCAAUCUGGUCUGCGCUAUAUUAUCACUGCAUCGAUGAAUUUCCAGUACAAAAUGUAGAAAUGUUUAUUUUUACUAUAGAUAUUUCUGGCUUUUAUAAUAAUAAUUAUGUUUAUCCAGGAUACCCACAUCACGUACGAGUUUUUCAAUGGGGUCCUGUGUCAAAACUACAAUCAUUUACAAUAUUAAUUGUCAAUAUAUAAACUGUAUAAAAAUAUACAAAUAUAUACAUCCACAGUACAACAACGAUAAAACGAACUAUUAUUUUAAAAUUUAUGAAUUAUUAAUUUAGUCAGUAAGUAUGAAACAUGCCUCGAAUAAUCGAUUAGGAAAGAAUCAAUCGAUUCAGUAGACGUUAGAAAGUCUUUGACUGCACGUUUGACUUGCUUUGGUAACAAUUCAUUUUUUGCAAGUCCAAGCCCCAAGUCGUUAAUUUAAUUAACAAGUCAAGUCACAAAAAGUGUGAUUCUAUUGCAACUAUCCAUGGUUUAUGAAAUAAACGAGUGGACGUUCGUAUGGGUUAUUUAUUGUUAAAUAAAAUUUUAUUACUUUUCAGCGAAGUCAGUGGGUCUUAUGCUGAGAACCAGAAAAUUAUGACACUUCGUAAAGUGUAUCAAGUAUGUUUAAAAAAUUUAUAAUUCAUAAUUAUUUAUUCUUAUAUUUCAUAAUUAUUUAUUCUUCAUAAUAAUUUAUUAUCAUGUUGUAAUGUUUUUUAUAUAGUACUGUACAAUAUUACUGUAUUGUGUAUUGGAUUGGAUUGCAUUGCAAGGCAUUUUUUAAUACCAUGGACUGGUGGGGCAUUUGCCCCACUGGGCCCCUUCCUCUGCCCCACUGCUGAAGAAAAAAUAUGGCCUAUUGCCCCAAAGCCAGGGCCCCAGGACCUAUAUUGAGUAAAUGAGUUUAACAUUGAAAAGAAGUUUAAAAAACAAAAUUUGUUGGUGAGCAUACUUAAACUUAUGUUAUGUUUGAAUGUUUAGCAUGCAAUUUAUUACAAAUUUCACCAUUAAAUUUCACGAUUUUUUUGUGUUCUCAGAAUGUAGGAAAUGCUAUUUCAGAGACCCAAAUUUUAAAAAUUUCCUGCAGGGGGGGUGAGACAUGCCCCCAGCUUCAACCCCACCCUCCCUAGGUAACUCGUGCCUGCGGUACUCUGCUCACACCUUCGGCGAUCGCAUACUAUGCUGGGGGAGGACAAGGAAAAUGGGCCCUUUGGCAGUUUUGCCCCACCACUGAAGAAUCUUUAAAAAAUGCACUGUUGCAUUGCAUUGUAUUUCAUUGUAUUAUUUUGUAUUUUGUAUUGUCCAGGGCCGUACGCACGGGGAGAGGGGGCAGUAAUACCUAUAUGCUGAAAUAUAUACCCAAAUGUCAAUACAUUCAAAGCCAUAUCAGUUAGCUGUAUGCUUAUGGCUGUCCCAUACAGAUUCCUACAUUCUGAUUCGCAAGAUUAUAAGUGUCAUUUCACUGGAAAAAAUAGUGAAAUGGACUCUAUAGAAUUUUCAAUUGCAGCACUAAAUCCAUAGUAAAUCCAUAGUAUUAUUUUCAUACUGUAUCCAUAAGCAAUUAGUUUGAAAAUUGAAUUUCCGAUACUAUUUCCAACGACGAUCCACACUAUUUCCAUAGUAAGGAUUUUGAAAACAUUUCCAGUGUUUGGCUUAAUAAUUUAUAAUAACAUUAUUUAGUGAGUUAAAUUUUCUUGGGAGGGGGUUGCCCCUACGGCCUCCCUCCUUCCACACACAGCGUACGGCCAUAGAUAAUAGAUUAUACCAGAUGUCUCGCUCAGCCAAAAUUGUGUCCGCGAUUUUUUAUGAGCACGCGUUGGCCGCCAUUUUGGCAGUAAGUGUAAUCCACGCCAUGAAAUGUGAGCAAUCAGGCAUUUUGGCAGUAAGCGCCAGCCUCGUACCCGGCGCUUUGAUUGGCUUUGAUGUUGCGUGACGCGCGCGCGGGAGGACACGCGUGGGGGGGAAAGGAAAAUUCGGAGCGGACGCUUCCGCGUCCCGUAGUGAGCAACGCACCUCGAUUCCCGCGCGUGCGUCACGCAACCAGUAAGCACAUCAAAGCGCCAGGGACGAGGCUGAGUAAGCGCCAUGUUGGCAGUAAGUGUCGCACGCGUCAUCUGGCGUGAUAGCCUCGCGAAAAUCGCCGACACGAAAAUCAUAGGGAUAGAUACACAGUGAGACAUCUGGUACAAUCUAUCAUCUGUGGUACAGCCCUGGAAGUGUCUUACUCUCUUGGAUUAAAUAAUUGUAAUCUAUUGCAAUACUGCAUUUUACUUUGUUGCGUUAUAUUGUAUUAUGGAAUAAACUUUGCAGUGCUAUUUUGCAUACUGUAAUUGUUCUAUAGUGUGCAAGGCGGCAGUAUGUAGUGUAUCGUGUGUAAUAAAAAUUUUAAUAUAAUUGUAGAGAGCUGUUUUCACUCCUAUUAAUAAUUUGGAAUCACUUUGGAGAGAAUAUACUGCAUUUGAGCAGGUAUACUAUAGGCUUAAAUACUUUAUUUCAGUACGGGUGACUUAGUGGCAGUGUUCAACAAAGCACUGAUAUUUUUCACCUAAGUUUAAAAAAAAGUUACUCCUCAAUUUCUACAUAUGUAGAAAUAAAAGUAUGACAUGAACAUUUUACUUAAAUAGAUGUAAAAGCACAUGCCUUGAUAAUUUUACUUAGGAAAAGUGUUGAAAAAUGUUUACUCCAGUAAAAGUAGCCUACUACUGAAACAAAAGAUAAAUUUUCGAACCAUUAAUUACCAACUUGACAAAUGACAAUUGAUAAUAUACAAAGAAGAAAUAGACAUUUAGAGAAGUACUGUACUUUAAUAUAUUGAACUGAACUUUAACCAACAGCCAAGUGAUCUUUCCACUCUAGACAGAUCUCCAGUCCGCGUCGACAAAUACUUAUUUAGUUCGCCGAUAAAACGAAGUAACUAUAAAUAUUUAACAUUUUGCUUUAACUUUCGUGUUUUCUGAUAUUUUAGAGUGUUAAUAAAGUUUUGGCCAAGAAAUUGAUUGAUGAUAAAACACGCGAUUAUAUGAACGCACGGAGGGCAGCGAAGGUGAUUUUUUUAGAUUGAGGCCACUUUUUAAGGCCACUCUGCAGAUCAUUCCCCUAUUUCAUUUUUCGAUCUCUCUUUGUGGGUUUGUAAGGCAUUGAUAUUAUAUGUGCUUUAGUCUGCGGAAACACCGCCAUAUUUGUAAUUUGUAUUUGAUUUGGUAUUUGUAUUUUGUGAAACUCGUUAAUAAUUCAUGAAGAAAACACAAAAGAAAUCUUGACCGUGAAGGAGUUGUAGAUAGUACUAAUAUUUUAUCUAUAUCAACUUGUAUAUGCAUCAUAUAUUAUGAGCCAUACAGCUAUAGUGAUUAGUCUGAUCUAGACACGAAGAAUGAAAUCCAUUACCAUAGGGCCAAAAAAAAAAUAUGUGGGUUUCCGGUUUCUUCUUGUAAAAACUUAGGUAGGGUAGGUCGGUUUUAACUUUUUUUUUUAACUUUUUUUUAAUUUUCCGAACAAGUGGACGCCAUUUUGUUUAGUCAGUGCUUCCACAUCCAAAGAUAAAUUUCCCUAAUAUUUCCUCAAAUUUCAAUUUUCUGCAAACUUUUUCCUCUAAGUGGAAACACUUACAAGCAUGAUCCAAUAAAAAAGUUUAGGGUCGGGAUUUCGACGUCCAAAAGCUAGGUAGGGUCGGGAAACCGGAAACCCACAUAUUUUUUUUUUGGCCUAGCUGGAAAGAGCAUCUUAAAAUGAGUAAAAUUGCAAAGUUUGGUUGCGAAAUGUUGUAAAAUGUUUUACUCAUUCUAAGAUGGUCUUUCUAGCUGUGAUGUUGGAUUUCGUUCUUCUUUCCUAGAUCAAAUCUAGUCUAUAGCUGGAUCACCCAUUACACAAUGGAGAUGCGGUAUGAGGUUAAGAAACAGUUACAAGUUAUGCGAAAAUCCUUUUCUUUAGGAAUACGAAGCAAUAACAAGAAAUGUUGUGCGUGGAAAUCCUUCUGUUCCGCCUCAAGGAACGGCAGCUGAACUCAAGCAGGUGUGGUAAUCGCUUACAAUUAGAAUUUUUAAAAAAUUUACAUCUGAACAUUUUCUGUAAUUGGUGCUUUUUCAUUGUCAUUUACCAGCUUCACAUUUUACAUUGAACUAAAUGAGUAUUUAUCAUUUAAUCACAUUUUACUGUCAUUUACCAGCUUCAAUUGUGGAAUAAAUAUCUCCAAUGGGAAAGAAGCAAUCCAUUAAAAACUGACGACCACGGUGCGCUCGCUAAAAGAGGUAGAAAAUAUAUAAAAAUAUAAGAAGGAAUGGUUGUAGGAUUUCAGUGUAGGCAGUUAGCCACAGUUUGCGAUUGCUUCGUUUGCUUGAGGCGUAAAAAAAUACCCGUGGUUCCGGUUCCCGACCGACCCUAUUUUUUUCUGCCGACCCUAUUAUUUUUUUCAACGCGAUUGACCGUGCGACCCUAUUUUCUCCAGGUGGUUGCGGGCUGCUCAUACAGUGUGCCAAAAUGGUGUCUGUUGUCACACUAAUUAUUGAACCAAAUUGCCUAAAUUCGUCCAUAGGAAACACGCAACUCUAGUUAAUAUUGAUGUCGGGACUCUACUGCAAAUCGCCCAGCAAAAAAAAACAAAAAAAACGCCAAAACCAUGAAAAAAAUAUUCCAAAAAAAAAUUUAUUUCCGACCUACCGACCCUAAUUUUUUCACGAUAUGAAACCGGAACAACAGGUAUUUUUUUACGCCUGACAUAUUCCUAUCUUUUUUCCUAUAGUAAUGUAUGCGUACGAACAGGCAUUGUUGCCGCUGGGUUUUUACCCCAAUAUUUGGUAUCAAGCUGCGUUAUAUUUAGAAGACAGAAGCAAACAGCUCUUUGAACGUGGGGUAAGUAUUAGAAUGUGUUAAUGAAUAAUAAUGUAUUAAUUUACUUAAAGGGAAAUGGCAAUAUAAAUUUUUAUUUUCUCAUUUGAGAGAACUUUUGAAACUAAUUAUAUUAAGUUGUGGAAACACCACGUAAAUUUAUUACUGCAAAGCGUUCAAUCCGUAAGCACUGAUGAAGCUCCGUAAUGAUGAUCCGUAAUAAACCCUGAUGAUGAUCCGUAAGCCCUGAUCAUCUAGAUAAAAAUAUUGCGUGACCCCUGUUGUGACGUCUGCAAAAAGUGCAUAUCUACAAAAAUUGAAGAUGGCGGACAUUUCAUUCCUUUCGAUCAAAAUAUUAGUAGAAGUACUGUAAGCAAGAUAUGAAAAAGUGGUAAAAGAGUAUUAUAGAUAUAGUCUUAAAAGUUCUUUCAAAUGAGAAAAUAAAAUAUAUAUUGCCAGUACUGUAAAAGUUGAACAGGAAGAAAGUUUACUAGUUAAUAUAUAAUAGUGCACGAUAAUAUUUGCUAUAGGACCAACAAAAUGGAAAGAUAAUGGCGGACGAGGCAAGCGCCAUAUAUGAACGUGCAACUUCUGGUCAAAUGAAGUAUAAUGUCAUGUUACACUUUGCUUGGGCUGAUUUUCUGGAGGUAGGGUUGACCAACUGUGUGUUCUUUUGGGGUAAAAUCAUGAUUGCUAAUUCGAGAUUCCCCUUAUUACGUUUUCGUAGCGCUUUGCAUUGUGGUUAUACCGUUAUAGUGGUAUCACUGAUAUUCAAGAUGGCUUAUUUUUUUAUCUGACCCUUCGAGGCCGCUAUCUUUAUCAGUGAUACCACUAUAACCACAAUGCAAAGCGCUACGAAAACGUAAUAAGGGGGAUCUAGUAUUGCCACUGUCGGCAAAAGGCCGCAUUAUAUAUAGGACACGAAAUAUUAUACAAACAUGACUAAGAAUAAGUGAACCUGAAUGAAUUAUUAAUUAUUUAUCACGAGUUAUUUAUGGAUCCAAAUAGAGUGGACAUUCUGAAAUUUUCAGUCAAUUUUAUUCUUCUUUUUGUAACAUUUUCAAUGUUCUCUGAAAAAUGUAUUUUCACAAUGUCAUUGAUUAACUUCCUACAGAGUCGUAUGAAAGCGGAUAAAGCGAAAGAAGUAUACGAAAAAUUACUGGCCACCCCAAACAUCGAUCCUAGUUUGGUACGUCUGAUACAUAUUACUUACAAGGUUUAUAAUUAUACCAUCGCUUUUAUUCCACUUUUACCUGGCUAUUUGCACGUGUUUCAAUGCUUUGUGGAUAAUUCAGAACGUCAUACUGUGUAUCAAUCCACUGUAGAUAGUAUUCUACAAUAAGCUAUACCAUAGUUUAUGUCUGAACUAUACAGUGCCUGAAAAAUGUAUCUCAAACGUGGUGGUCCAGUGUAGGUAGUAUUUUACAAUAAGCUGUCGUGGUUUGUGUCUGAACUACCUGAAAAACGUUUCUCAAACGUGGUGGUCCAGUGUAGGUAUUAUUCUACAAUAAACUGCCGUGGUUUGUGUCUGAACUACUUGAAAAAGAUAUCUCAUACGUGGUCGUCCAGUGUAGGUAGUAUUCUACAAUAAGUUCUCCUGUUUGUGUCUGAACGUUCUGAAAAAGAUAUCUCAAAAGUAUUCUUCAAUAAGCUGUCAUGGUUUGUGUCUGAACUACUUGAAAAAUAUAUCUCAAACGUGGUGGUCCAGUGUAGGUAGUAUUCUACAAUUAGCUGUCAUGGUUUGUGUCUAAACUAUAGUACUUGAAAAAAGAGAUCUCAUACGUGGAGGUCCAGUGUAGGUACUGUAGUAUUCUACAACAAGCUGUCGUAGUUUGUGUCUGAAACUACUCAAAAGUAAUCUCAAAUGUGGGGUUCAUGCAGGGUCCGGUAUGGAUAGUAUUAUUUUCACUUCACAGAGCAUUAAUUAGCAUUCACAAUUUACAGGUCUACAUUCAGUACAUGAAGUUCUCGCGAAGGGCAGAAGGGAUUAAAGAAAGUCGCACAGUUUUCAAACGUUCUCGUGAAGACACGCGGAGUUCACAUCAUGUAAGUGGAUUUCAAAACCUUUCCAAAAUUUCCAACGAAUUUAUUUGGGGAUAACCGUUAGCUUGAAUAAAUUAUGGUUCAAUGUUGGAACAAUAACAUUGAGACAAGCUGCCUGUAAUAAUAGACACAUGCACUUAUAAUCCAUGCAAUUAGUGGAUUUAUGUGUCAUCCUUCUCUUGACGCACCGAUCAAUUUUCACUGAGAAACUAUAAAACUUGGUCACUUUUCUGCAACGUACAACAUUGAGUGUUGGGGGUAUAUAAGGAUAUGUUGAGCAUCGUAUUACAAGUAACGUAAAGCAUGCAGUCGAAUAUAAGAUCGUUUCUACCAUUCUUGUCCCAAUGAACUAUUCUGUGAUUCUUGUUUCUUUUAUAUAUAGAAUCAUGUAAUUAUUCCGCUUUCAAAAUUUAAUUUAGGUUUUUGUCUCGGCAGCUUUAAUGGAGUACUAUAUAACGAAGGUGUGUAGAAGUCAUUUCUUAUAAGUAAAACGUCUUGGAAGGGACGACAUGAAAUGACAUAUUAAGUCUGGUUUCCAUAUGGUCCUAAUGAUCGUAAAAAUAGAGUCACGAUUUUUCCCAACGGCCAGUUUAUAAUAGUUUAUACUUGUAAACCACCUAUAAAUCAUAAAUAUUCUCUAUAGUUAUAUUCAUUCCGCGUAUUUUCAGUUCUAAAAUGUCAUUGUAUUUCGGCUGAUGAGAAAGAUCGUGACUCGAUCUUUACGACCGUUACGACCAUAUGGAAACCAGGCUUUACAUGAACAUAUUGUUUUAAACAUUUGUGGAACAUCAAUUUUGAUAAAUUUGUUCUGCCAAGGUUUUGGUAUUAAGUAAAUAGAUGGGAAUUGCAUGAAUUGCCCAAUAGAGAUACAGUGUUUAGGUUGGCUUGUAGAUAUAGUGGUAGACAUAGAGUUAAAUUUUUUGUGGAGAUCUUUGGAAAGAUAUGGUGUUGCUCUUUGGAACGUUUAAAGUUAUUUGACUAGGGAAUGGAAAGGGAGGGUGGAUGACCACGCCCAAUAUUCAGUUCUUGAUAUUUUUUUAGGACAAAAACGUGUCAAUGAAGAUUUUCGAAUUGGGAUUAAAGGUACGUAUUUUUAUAACAAGAAAUUUAGUUAGUUCCAUUGUCCUUUAAUAUAAAUACUGCACACUGUGUAACACAUGCGUAUACACAUAUUCCAAUAUAUUUUGAUGAACGAUUAACUGAGUAGGAUUUUAAACAUUGUAUAUUUCUCUGCGUGUUUUGGUGGUAUUGCUGUUAUUUUGAUUUUUUUUGUGUUGUUGAUUUUUUUAGUGUUUGAUUUUUUUGUGUUGUUUUUGUGUACUCAGGUGAAUAUGAUACUUGUGAUGUUACUCUGAGUGUAUAUCCACACUGGACAAGCUUGAAAAGUAUGCCUGGCCACGGUGGGAAUCGAUGGGCUAGUAUUCCAAAGGUCGUCGGUUCGAUUCCCACCGUGGCCAGGCAUAUUUUUCAAGCUUGUCCGGUGUGGAUAUACACUCAGAGUAACAUCACAAGCAUCAUUCUUGUUAUUUGUUUGAGAAUAUUCACAUUCUUUCUACACAGAGAUUCUCCUCGGAACCAAAAUACAUAUUGGCGUACUUGGAAUUUCUAAUCCACCUAAACGGUAAGUAUUUGAAAGACGUGUGUUUCGAAACGUGUUUAGAGUUGUGUAACGAAACAAGAUUUUUUUAUUUUUUUUCUCAGAUGACAAUAACUCUCGAGUACUAUUUGAAAGAGUUCUCAGUAAUCUUCCCAAGGAGAAGUCAAGGUAUGCAUGCAUGCAGUUGUGUGGUUUUGCAUCGCUUUUCACCUUUUGAAACAGUCGUGCGACUAGGCCUUAUAACUACAGCCGGAUUUUGAGGGGGAGGUUGUUUUGCACCUCCCCAAAGAUUUGUUUGCGCUUCCCCAGAAAAUUCAUGCACUUCUAUUAAGAGAGGUGAAAUCAUUUUAAUUACAGAUUAUAGUCAAAAUUUGUAAAUUUCUAUGCGAACAAUCUCUGUGUCAUUUAGGGCUUAGAAUGUACCCCCCUAUUAAAGUUAACUUACAUGACGUAUGCAUGCACUGUACGUAUCUAUCAGUGUAUUUAUAUAUUAUGACUGUACGACUCAUCCAAUAUUGCUCUUCAUUACAUUACUACAAAGUUUAUUUCGAAAUAUUCCAUUAAAAGGGCACUUCAUACACGUACAGAGACGAUGAAUAGUUAUCAGUUUUUUCAAGUGUAGACUAAAAAUUUUGAAUUCACUUUGAUGUAUCAUUUAGCCUUUCCCAAGUGGAGAUACAUGACGUUUCGGGGGAGGUGCAAAACGAUCUCGGGGGAGGUGCCCUGCACCUCCUCACACCACCCUUCAAAAUCCGGCCAUGCAAAGUUCAGAAGAGUAUGUUCUAAACCCUAACAUCGCAGGGAGCUAGGCUGUUGCCCAGGCCACUGCACCUCCCCUAAAACAUAUUCAAGUCUCCCAGCAUUUACACCAACAUUCGACCCUGCCUUAAAGUAGUGAAAUGAUAUGAAACCUUAGCAACAUUUUCCUUUACCAGUGAAAUUUAUACAAGAUUUCUGGACUUCGAAGCGAACUGUGGUGAUAUUACAAGUUAUAUGAAGGUUGAAAAGAGAAAGUUGUUCAUGUUUAAAGAGGUGAGGAAGACAAUCUAAUAUCUUUGUUAAUUCCCUUAUAUUUUAACAUAUUUCCAAACCUACAAUCAGUGACAUUGAAAGUUGGACACUUAAGCCCCAUUUACAGUACGCUCAAUUUUUGGACGGCACGGAUAAAAUUGGUACCCGUACCACUUUUUUGGUUCUUGGACUACCUAUUUAGCUAGGCCCCGUUUACACUACGCUCACUCAAUUUUUGGUACCGUACCACUUUUUGGUUCUUGGACUACCUAAAUAGGUAGUCCAAGAACCAAAAAAGUGGUACGGGUACCAAUUUUAUCCGUGCCGUACCAAAAAUUGAGCGUAGUGUAAACGGGGCUUUAGAUUGAAAGGUUAUUUUUGUAAACAAUUUGCAAAAAUAACAUGUAAAACCCCUUUCUCCCAUUUCAAUGUUGCUGUAUGUUCUGGGAGAGUUGUCAGCAACGCAAUAUAGCACAAACUACUCAAAUAAAAUGCCAAUUUUAGUCUAACAACAUUGAACAAGGGUGGGGGGUUAUGUUACCAUCUCAGCCUAACCUGUCCGCCUAUUUUGUCACUGAUUCUGUAGGUCCAAUAAGAACCAUCCUUUACUGAUCAUCCAGUGUUACUAUACAGGAGGAAACGUAAACUAAACUAACUUUAUUUAUACUGGAUAGCUUUAUCAGUUCUAAACUGUUCUUCCCAGAGGUCCAGUAAGAGUUAUUGAUCCAGUGUUACUACAGGAAGAAACCUAAACUAAACAAACUUGAUUUAUACUGGAUAGCUCUAUCAGUUCUAAACUGUUCUUCCUAGAGGUCCAAUAAGAGUCAUCCCUUGUUGAUCCCGUGUUACUACAGGAGGAAACCUAAAUUAAUUGUGAACCUUUAGUACUUGAAAUUCUUAUGCAGAUUGAUAUACGCCUUAGUGUCAUUUUUUCACCUAUAUGCAUGGUAUAUUUUUCUUAAAAUAGGAGCUUGAAUCCCGAGAAACCGUGCUGCUGGUUGAUCGAUAUAAGUAUUUAGAUCUCUACCCGUGCUCAAAAACUGAAUUGGCAGUUCUAGGCUAUGAGGUACGUUCUAUAAUAUAUUUACUACAAUUUCAAGAUUGACAAUCAUAAAUCGUUUUAUCAAUCCAUUAAGCAAUGCGCACUGGUGCUUCCUACAUUGCUAUAGUUUGUCUGCAGGGUGUUUUUCCAGAUUUUUUGCUUGCUUCAAAGAUUGAGUUCACCACAACAAUAGGAAGUCGGAGGGUAUCUGCCCCGCCCCAGAUUCACGAUUGCAGUCUUAUUUUACAUGCCUUUGAUUUAAAUGGACCGGACUGCGUGCAAUAAGUCAAAGAUUGUGCAUAAAGUGUGUGUUCACGUUCUUGUUGUGAAACGAAUUCUAUGCAGUUUGUCUUAGAUUUUUUUCUUACUUUGUGUAUUUUUCUUCUCUUUUACAUUGCUUAUUUUAACAGGGUUCGUACCAAACUUGAAAAUCCUUGAAAGUACUUGAAUUUGGAAACAAAAAUCCAAGGGCUUGAAAGUCCUUGAGUUUAUAAAGAAGUGCUUGAAAGUCCUUAAAUUGUUCUUGUUUUAGUGGAUAUAUUCUGAAAUUGUUUUGCAAUUUUUCAAAAUUGAUUUUGUUCGUGUCUUACACAGGCCAAAACUGUUUGAAAUUCAUUAAAGUUGCCGUUUGAAUAAUUUGACGUCACUUUUUACUAAUUUCUAACGCCUUCUUUUCAGCUUUUAGUUCUUGAAUUCCCUGUUAUAUUCUUGAAUUCCCUGCCUUGAAAAGUCCUUGAAUUCAACUCUUCCAGUCCUUUACGAACCCUGUUUUAACACAAACCUGAAAAAUCGAAACUUGCUAGUAGUGCCGCCAUUUUGUUUAUUUAUGUACGUAGCCGAUCGGGGCGGGCAACAAUUUUUCACUGGUUUCCUGGAGGGUUACAUUGCAUUUAUCUAAAGCCACAGAUCAGCCAAUCACGUUUGUUAUUCACCAAUUUAGGCCAAUGAAAAUUGAUAUCAUGUUUCUCGUCCAUAAUUUUUAAAAAUUUGGAGCGGGAUUUUUUCAUUUUUCAUUAUUUUUUUGUAUUUGAAUUCUGCUUGUCAAUAAUUCCUUGACCCAGUAAAAACCCCCAUAAAAAUCUGAAGUAAAUCGGUGUAUAAUUCAUUUUAAUUUAAUACGUCCUACACUACAGUAUAUUUCUAUACAUACCAGGGCUGACAUAAAAAUAGAGGCAUUCUGGCGAGUAAUAUCUUUAGAAAGAUACAAUUUGAGUUGCGCUUGCGGAAUGCAGCAAUAAGACUUUGAUCUGGAGAUCAAUUUGGUGUUUUGUCAAGCCGUGCGGCAGAUGAAUCCCAUGCGGGCGGGGACGAGAAACAUGAUAUCAAUUUUCAUUGGCCUUAUAUUACAGACGCAAGAAACCGUCUCAUCAAAUCAACCAACGAUGUCUUCUCAAAAUAAAGUUCAAAUGCUGGAUGACACGAUGAUGUUUGGCACGAAAUACCCAAUGCCAGACCUCAAACAGAUGAUACCAUUUAAACCUGCGCCUCGGGGAACUGGUGAGUUAAAACUAAACUAAUUUUAUUUAUACUGGAUAGCUCUAUCUGUUCUAAAUUGUUCUCCCUCGAGGUCCAGUAAGGAUAAUCUCUUAUUGAUCCAGUGUUACUACAGGAGGAAACCUAAACUAAACUAACUUUACUUAUACUGGAUAGCUCUAUCUGUUCUAAACUGUUCUCUCCAGAGGUCCAGUAAGGGUCAUCUCUUAUUGAUCUAGUGUUACUACAGGAGGAAAUCUUAACUAAAUUACUUUAUUUAUACUGGAUAGCUCUAUCAGUUCUAAACUUUUCUCCUGAGGCUGAGAGGUCCAGUAAGGAUCAUCUCUUAUUGAUCCAGUAUUACUGCAGGAGGAAACCUUAACUAAACUAACUUUAUUUAUACUGGAUAACUCUAUCUGUUUUAACUAUUUUCUCAAUAUUUCCAAUAAAGAUGCCCUUUUAUUGUUCCAGGAGAAACCACAAGUGAAUAUAUAACUCUAUACCGGUUGUAGACAGUUCUCAAAUAUCAUCUCCUAUUGGUCUAUAUCACAGUGCUACUAUCUUCCUUAAUCGUUAACUAUAUUUCCAAUUAUUCAUCCCCCCUGACAAAGUGUUUCUCAUAUCUUUUCUAGCCGGAGUCCAUCAUAUUCCGGGGGGCGUGUUUCCUAUUCCUCCAGCUGCUGCUCAUCUUAUUUCUUUGAUGCCGCCACCAAUUUGUUUUCAGGUAUUUGUUUACAAACCAUUGUUUGUUUUUGUUUAUUUUAUGGAAUAAGCCACGUACAGUAUGUCGCAAGGCUUUCUAAGAAAGCUGCAAAUUGACACAGCUACUUGGAAAAACACGGAGAAUACAAACAGGACAUGUAAAAAGAAUUUUCUUCCUGGGAGCACAACCUGGAGACAAAAAUUUCUUGCAGACCAACGGAGUAUUUUUGUGCUAAAUCUGCAUGUGCAUAAACAUAUAGUGUUCUAGGUGACCAUGGUUUUAAAUUCAAGGAAUAAUGUCUGUCAACCCUAUGUUGUUGCGCCCAUAGUGGGACAUGGGUGUUAAGGUUUCCUUCAAAUUUUCAAUAACAAAUCUUCAUUCAAACCAAUUUCCUGCGGCUGUUUAAUAUUUACUGCGAGCAGUGCUGGCGUACUCGCCUAUUUUUCCACCCCUGAAUACAAGUGAAAAUUCAGUGGGUGCCAAAAGUAUGAGUCCAGUCCCAAAUUUUGCCAAAAAAUCGAGAAAAGUGUAUCUACUAGAAAAAUAUUCUGUCAUUUGCUACUUGAACAUGCGCAUUGAGAUGUGCAUUUUGUCUCCCACAUUUAGUUCUUCAUAAAUUUUUCCAUUUUACAACUUUAAAAUAAAAUACGUUUGUUUUGAUUCUCUCCACGAAUGUGCGUCAAGGAUGGCUAAAGAUUUAAAUGAAGGAGUUAGAGCUAGACAAAUUAUUGCUCUAAGAAAUGAAGGUACUGUAUGUUACUCACAGCGACAAAUUGCUGCAAAGAUAAGAGUGUCAAAAGAUAAACUCAACCUGAGAAAAAACAAUCAGCAAAAGAAUAGUAAGAAGGAGAUAGGCCGCAAGUGCAUGGUCUGAAAGGACCGCCAGUUUCUACUGAAGUUCUUGAAUUUCUUUGCCCAUAACAAUUUUUUGCACUUAUUUUUAGGAUGCAUCAACGGUUUAGAAACAGCAACUCUUCCUUUCCAAAUUCUUACUGUUGUUUUGCUGAUUGUUUUUUUCUCGGGUUGCGUUAAUUCAGGAUUGGAUAUUACCAGCAGUUGCAGUUCUAUUACGCAAAGAAGUUAUUUUUAUGAAUUGAUCCUCUUGUGGUGCAGUAGACCUCGGUAUCCCAGACCUUGGUAGGGUGGAAUAGGAUUUAGUUUUUCUGAACCCUUCAGGGUUCGCGGCAGUGCACCUUUCGACACUCUUAUCAUCUUUGCAGCAAUUUGUCGCUGUGAGUGACCUUCAUUUCUUAGAGCAAUAAUUUGUCCUCUAAUUCCUUUGCUUAAAUCUUUAGCCAUCCUUGACGUAUAUUCGUGUAAAGAAUUAAAUAAACAUAUUAUGGCAAUAUUUAUGAAGGACAAAAAAUACCUGAUGACAGUUUAUUUUUCUAGAAGAUUCACUUUUCUCGGUUUUUUUUGGCAAAAUUUGGGACUCGACUCAUACUUUUGGCACCCACUGUAUAUUAUAUGACGUGUUCAAGAUUCUUAGAAAAAUAGCCGGAAAGUUUUAAAAUAAAAAAUGGGAUAGUGAUAACAACAGAGCCUAUAGGUGUGUCCCUGACCUCUCUGCAUAUGUUUACACAGGUGAAGGUCCUGAGAGUGUAAAAUGGGAAUUGAUUUGCUUAUUUUUGGAUAGGUAAAUGGGAUUUGGGUUAAGCCCGGUUUCGAUAUGGUCGUAGCGGUCGUAAAGAUUGAGUCACGAUCUUUCUCAUCAGCCGAAAUACAACAUUUUAGAACUGAAAAUACGCGGUGUGAUUAUAACUAGAGAAUGCGUAUGAUUUAUAUGUGGUUCACAGGUAUAUUAGCUGUUAUAAACUGGCCUUUGAGAAAAUCGUGACUCUAUUUUUACCACCAUUAUACGACCAUUAUAAAAAGAGUAAGUUGUAUACUUGGACAUUUCAAAGUUCUGACAACUUCUGAUUAAGAGUUUGUCCAAAAAUGUCCUGGAAAAAACAUCAUUCUCACCUUGAGCGGACGGUUUACUAUGACAUCCCAAACAUAUUAUGUCAACAUUUAUGAAGGACAAAAAGUACCUGAUGACAGUUUAUUUUUCUAGAAGAUUCACUUUUCUCGUUUUUUGGCAAAAUUUGGGACUCGACGCAUACUUUUGGCACCCACUGUAUAUUAUCUGACGUGUUCAAGAUUCUUAGAAAAAUAGCCGGAAAGUUUUAAAAUAGAAAAAUGGGAUAGUGUUUACCCAGGAAGGGCGAUUUCGAACCGCAUGAGCUACCAGUGAAGGUCCUGAGAGUAUAAAUGGGAAAUGAUUUGCUUAUUUUUGGAUACGUAAAUGGGAUUUGGGUUAAGGCUGGUUUCCAUAUGGUCGUAACGGUCGUAAAGAUUGAGUCACGAUCUUUCUCAUCAGCCGAAAUACAACAUUUUAGAACUGAAAAUACGCGGUGUGAUUAUAACUAGAGAAUACGUAUGAUUUAUAUGUGGUUCACAGGUAUAUUAGCUGUUAUAAACUGACCUUUGAGAAAGAUCGUGACUCUAUUUUUACGACCAUGCAUUACGACCAUUAUAAAGAGAGUAAGUUGUAUACUUGGACAUUUCAAAGUUCUGACAACUUCUGAUUAAGAGUUUGUCUAAAAAUGUCCUGGAAAAAACUGCAUUCUCACCUUGAGUGGACUGUUUACUCUGACAUCCCAUGCUCGUUAGGCUAGCUCGAGGUUAUUUUUCUGCUGUUGGCAAUUGGAAAAUCAGGUACUUAAAAACUUGAAAAUUGGAUUUGGGUAGUCAUGCAAUACCUCGUGCAUAUUUUACCAUUCCCCACCCAAAUACAGUAAGCCUGGGUGUUCAACAGUUUCAAUAAAACGAAAGUAGCAAGUUGUCAUCAUUAAUUCUGGAAAAUACUACAGAUGACACUUUUAUGAUUUAAAAGAUGAACAGCAGUGUUUUACCAGAUAUAAAAUGAUAAAACAGCACUGUGAUAAAACACGCACUGCGAAUGUUCUAAAUUGCUUCAAAAACGGUCGAUCUAGUAAGUUCAAUGGCGAAGUAAUUUUCAAAAAAUACGUUGUGUAAGUCGAGAAAAUCAAAGUUAAAAUUUAUGUAAAUCAAGGGAAAUCUCUAUCACAUAUAAAGAUGCGACACGCUUAUGAUUUUUCUUUGUGUUUUCCUCACGAAUUAUUAAUGAGUUUUGACAGAAUUAUAUCGCAUUAUAUAAAGAAAUUCGCUAGACAAUCCACUGGAAUUUUUAACAUUUUAUGUAUUUAUAUUUUAUUUAUUUAUUAUUUAAGACUAUUUGGAUAAAACCAUCUUUCGUUUAAGAGAAUAAAAUCGUUCUCUUCAUAUGCCGACUUUAACGAGGUUCAAUUUACCGUUGCAGGGCCCGUUUGUAAUGGUGGAUGAACUUUUAAAAAUGAUAGCUGAAUGUCAUCUCCAGAAACCACAAACUACAAGUAAGAUGACUGGUCAUUAAAAUUUUCAGUAAAAAUUUCAUUUAUUUAGUUUGAAAGAACUAUAAAAAUCAUUAAUAAGGACUAUUUACAGGUAAUACAGCUACUUUUCAUAUCUUGCUUGUCCUUGAAAUAUUUGUAUAGGUAAUAGUGUGGUUUCGAAUGCAAUUUGGAAAAAAAAUAUGCACGAGUGAGUUUUUCAAAGACGACCUAAAUUACACGAGUCCGAAGGACGAGUGCAAUUUGAAGUCUUUGAAAAACUCACGAGUGUAUGUUUUGCCAAAUUGCACGAGAAUUAACCAUUUACUACCAUUACUUAUUAAUAUACAUGAAAAAAUUAUGCAAUCACAUAAAUAAUUUUUAAUAGAAAAUCUAUACUAAAACUACAGUAGAUUAUAUGCUAUGAUUAUAUGCUACUACAGUAGAUUAUAUGCUAUGAUUAUAUGCUACUACAGUAGAUUAUAUGCUAUGAUUAUAUGCUACUACAGUAAAUUAUAUGCUAUGAUUAUAUGCUACUACAGUAGAUUAUAUGCUAUCGACGUGUUAACUGUUCAUUGCUCAAUUUUUUUGUGCUAUUUCCAAUUUAAUAUGGAGACAUUUUAUUAAUCAUAUUUUGAUCACUUAGAUGUCGCCAUUUUGUUUACCAAUUUUUGCUGUCAACCGUAAACCGAGAACCGGGGUAUCUUAACCACUCCUCAUGUUCAUUUCAGGUUUACCAGAAGGUAGCAUUAACGGUGGUGUGAAAGAGGAAAGCUCGACAAAAGACGAUGCUAGAGGAAAGAAACGUCCAUUAAACGCAGGCAAUCGCGAUAACGAUAGUGAUGAUGAUGAAAAACGCGUUGCUCCACCUGCGAACGAUAUUUAUCGGCUAAGACAACAAAAAAGAGUUGCUUUCUAGAUUAAGUUCGAAAAACGUAGUACAUCACCUUGUGUUAGUUCUUAGGCGUACAAAAAUGCCCUGUCGUUCCAGUUUCUCGACCCAAACUCGUUAGGAAACUACUCAUCAACAAGAUCGUUCGUAUUUUUCUCCAUUAUCGCCAUUUUGAGCAAAUCACGUGAAGAAUCUAUGAGUUCUCAUUGGCUAGUUAAUUCGAGUAUCUCAGCAAUAUGCUUGCAACAUCCGCAGACGUUGAGAUGUUUUCCUCGCGAGGUGAAAAAUAUCAAACACGAUAGAUAUUUCCUUCAAGGCUUCGAGAGGUUAAAUCCUCACGAAAACUAUCCGUACACGAGAGGAACCUGCUGAGCUAGCUGCCACGCAAGGCGGUUAGCUCAGCAAGAUUCUCUCGUGUAUGGCAAGCUUAAGAUAAUGUUUUAUAUUUCUUUAUUUUGCAAGGAAUUAUUCUUUGUAUAUUGUCAGUAUAUAUGACGCACACACACUGUACCGCUUCUCUUUAAAUUGUUAUAUAAUUUAAUUUUAAUUUAAUCAAGUUUUACUACAUACAAAAAAUAAUCUAAAAAAUAAAUUCUAAAGAAUGAAAAGGAACUAAAGAACCAUACUAAAAAAAAACCCAAUUGAUCAAAAGGAUCAAAAAGGAAUUAAAGUGCAUAUGACAUGAAAUUUCUUAUUUUCUUAAAUGAAAGAACUCUUUAAGCUGUAGUGUAACUUAUUUUUCAGUUUCUUGUUUUAAUGUUUUGUUCCCGAGACAUUUCAAUUUGUUUGACAUGUAAAUGAGUGUUAAUAUGUCCGCUAAUUUAUGACGUCAUGUCGGUUGCAAGCUUUUCAAAAUGGUUGAAUAUCACUGCUAUCAUACAAGAUGAUAAUUUCAAACUUCACUCACUGGUAAAUGUGAUGAAUCACUGUAGAAAAACGUGAACUGAUAUCAACAGUUUUUAGAGUUAAUAGAUUUAUAACCAGUGUAAGUUGAGCUUGCAACCAACAUGACGUCAUAAAUUAGCGGACAUAUUCACACUCAUUUACAUAUCAAACAAAUUGAAAUAUCUCGGGAACAAACCAUGAAAACAAGAAACUGAAAAAUAAGUUACACUACAGCUUAAAGAGUUCUUUCGUUUAAGAAAAUAAGAAAUUUCAUGUCAUAUACACUUAAAAUAAACCAAAUUCUAUGCAUGCCGAGAGACACGAGAACGAUCAGGAUAUAAAAUACGGUUUUACUUUUAUAUAGUCCUCCUUACAAUAAUACUUAAAUUUUGCUACGCUACCGUGUAAAGUUCGGCUGUUUUCAGUUAGAUUAAGUCAUUAUCAUUGUAUGUUAUACGUAACACGGCUCAAAACUAAUGAUAUACUCGGUUACAUGACUAUAUAUUCAAUUUUUUUACGUUUUGAGACGUUUCUCAUGGGGCAAACAAACUGAAAAAAGUAUAUUUAGUGCUUUUUUUAUAAAAUUAUGCUGAAAUACGGAGUUUUUGAUGGUACGCGGCAAAGAGAAAAUGAUGUUUGAAGUUCAGUAUAAGUUUUGCAUAUAUUGCUGCAUGUAUACAGUAUAAAUACGGGGUAGGCCUACUAUUUUUUGCUUCUCAACCGACAGAUAUACAUUUGAAAACGUUGCUAUUAAUCUGUGUAAACUACAAAAUAAAGCUAAAACACUGGUAAUUUUGAGAGAAACGCCAAAAAGAGUUUAGGUUUUGAACACUUUUCAUCGCAAAUAUGCGCGACAUUGAAAAAAAUUGCCUUUUAAAUGGUCAUGUUUUUUUAAAAUGUUAUGCCAAUUGUUAUGCGUAUUACUACAUCAUUACACAUGUGCUUGCAAACGUGAAAAUAAUUGGUAGUUUUUAUACUUAAUUUUGAAAAGCAACAGAGACUUUUAACUUCUGGAACUAUUAAGACAAAGCAAAAAAAAAGUUAAGAACUACAGGGUGUCCCAAAAAAACCAAACUAUUGAAAUAACCAGUUAGCAGUAAGCUGAACGCAAAGAUGUGUAAAAUAUUGACAGGGUGCAUAUAUUAAAAAUAUUGACUUAUUAAGAAAUUAAAAUAUCUUUGUAAAGCGCACGAUAUUCUGCUCUUGGGAAUUUAAAGCAGCUUCUUAAGCAGUUUCUUUAUUCAUAAAAUUUACUUAUGCAUGUCAAGCUUUUAUGCACUUGUAGAUUUAGCAGAGUGCUAAGGCAUUCAAAUUCUAACAAUACGUUAUUUCAGUAGUUUGGGUUUUUUGGGACACCCUAAUUAGGCUAUACUGUACAGUAUAUCUUUGACUUUAGAAAUUCUUUAGUUCAUGCAAAUUUUUGUCCUAAGUGCAUUGCUUUGACACCAUUGGCAUUGUGACUCGGUCUUCUACAGGGUGUAUCAAAAAAAAGGAGACUUUAGAAAUCAACCAUAUUGUUAAAAUUUGAAUGCCUUUUCAAUUGCACGUAUGCAAUUGAUGGGGUGCAUAUAUUAGAAAAAGGAGACCUUUAGAAAUUGAAAUAACGUUUAAACAAAAGACUGUCUGCUCCUGGGAACAAUCUGCCAUGCAUACUGUACGUAGAUCGCAUGUUACGCACUCGUGGGCUUAGCAAAGUGCUCGAGGAUUCAAAUUAUAACAAUGAUUGAUUUCUAAAGGCCUCCUUUUUCUAAUAUAUACAGGGUGUCUCAAAAAAACCCAAAAUCAUUGAAAUAACGUAUUGUUCGAAUUUCAAUGCCGUAACACAAAGGAUUUUGACAGGGUGAUUAAUUUGUUUUAAAAAAUUAAAAUAUCUUUGUAAAGUGAACGUUUGUUUGCUCAUGGGAAUUUAAAAAUGCUUCGUAAAUUGUAAUAUGCGUAAUAUGCAUUCGUGGGUUUAGUACUUUAUGCCCGACAUAACAAGUUUACGCUGAGUAUUACCAUUCAUUAUAGCAGUUAUGUCAAUCUUUUAUGCACUCGUGGGAUUAACUUAGUGCUAGGGCAUUGAAUAUCGAACAAUACGUCAAUUUCAAUGAUUUGGGGUUUUUUUGAGACACCCUGUAUGCAAUUAUAUGCGCACUACGGUUUAGCAUAUGUGCAAUUGAAAAGGCAUUCAAAUUUUAACAAUAUGCUUGAUUUCUAAAGGUCUCCUUUUUUUUUAUAACACCCUGUAGUCGAAGCAUGAAAUAUUGUGUUCUUCGCUUGCAGAACUCCGAAAUUACAGUGUCAAUGACUUCGAUCGUUUACCCGUGUGCAUGAGACCUUAAAAUAAAGAAUGGCGUUGCUGAAACAAGCCAUACAAGGGAAUAAUUGGAAUGACUUUAUCCAGGAAGAAGCUUUCGUGUAAAGGUAUGUCGGAUAAGUGUAAUGACAUAAUAAAAAUUGGCGGAGUUGCCAAGGCAAUGCACACGAACGGGUCAUGCCGGAUUUAGCCUCGAGAUUUUCAGAUUUUACAAAUACCACACACAGUCACAUCAAAUACUUAGUUGCACGGAUAUCGAGAUAAAUCGCUAAUACCAUGUAUUAUACGAAGUUCAACAACUUGUGAGAAAAGCAAAGUACAUAAGUAAACACUCAACUUAAUAACAUUAUCGUGCUAAUCGUUAGGCUGAUAAACCAGGGUGAUAAAUGACCCAUUAUCACUCAGGGUAAUAAAUCUCCAAUGUUUUGCCUGCCGCAC